AUGCACCGGCUCAAUGUAAAGGGAUUCGUGGAGUGCUUGCAAUUGCAAUCGCCAGCCCAGCGGAUACUGCGAACAGUACGAACGAAGGGAUGCCACCUACGCCUCCAAGAUCCUCCCCGCACCCUUUACAAAGCCUCUAAUGAUGUCGAGCUGCGCCAAGACGACGAUGUCCUGGACACCUGGUUCUCGUCUGGGCUGUGGCCCUUCGCCACCGUCGGCUGGCCUGACGAGUCCUCGGCCGACUACUCCAAGUUCUACCCGGCCACGAUGAUGGAGACGGGCUACGACAUCCUGUUCUUCUGGGUAGCCCGAAUGGUGAUGAUGGGACUCACUCUCACAGACAAGGCUCCCUUCAAGGAGAUCUACCUUCAUGGCUUGGUCAGGGACGAGAAGGGCCAGAAGAUGAGCAAGACGAAAGGCAAUGUUGUGGACCCUUUGGAUGCCAUUGCUGACUAUGGAACGGACGCGCUGCGGUAUGCCCUGCUUACGAGCAGUGUCCCUGGAAUGGACGUUCCCGUCAGCAAAGGCGGCCUAGAGAAUGCCAAGGCCUUCGCGAACAAGAUCUGGAACGUGGGAAGAUUCAUCAUUACAGAGCACGAGAAGAAUGCUGAGACCAUUGCCACUAACUUUGAGAGCGGCAUGCAGUUCUCGGAGGAGGAGAUCGCCUCCAUGCCUUGGCUGGAAAGGGCUCUGCUCUCAAAGUGCCAUGGCCUCUGCGAGAGCGUCACAGCCUCCUUGGCGGCCAACCGCUUUGCACCACCCACGAAGGAGAUCAAGGAGUUCCUGCAGGAGGAUGUUGCGUCGUGGUACGUGGAAGCUUCAAAGACCCGGCUACAAGAUCAUCUCGGUGGAGAUCCGAAGAGCCCCGAGGCCGCCACAGCUCAGAAGGUUUUGCUCUACCUCCUGGAGGUAUCUUUGAAGCUUUUGCACCCCUUUAUGCCGUUCGUGACCGAGGCAGUCUGGCAACGGCUGCCACGUACCAAGUCGUCUCCGCGGUCUUUGAUGAUUAGCGCCUGGCCUCAGCCUGCCACGAAACGCGACAAGGAGGCCGAAGGUUGGUUUGCAAAGCUCUGCGCUGUGACUUCUGCCGUGCGGAACGCCCGGGCGGAGCAGGGCAUUGCCCCCAAGGAGCGCUUGCCCUUGACCUUCUGGUGCUCCGAUGCCGGAUUUCAGGAAGCCCUGCAGAGCGAGCGUUCCGCCCUGUCUUGGCUUGCACGAGCCGAUCCCGACCAGAUCGAGGCUCGUCCAAUGGCAGAACGACCAGCUGAGACGCCGGAAGGCUGCAUUCGAAUCGUGGCUUCCGAAGAGAUUGAGGUGGACAUGCCAGUGCCGAAGAAGGAGAUCGAUGUGGAAAAGGAACUGCAGCGGCUGCAAAAGCAGCUGGAUCAGGUUUCGGCCCUGCUGGAGAGCACAGAGAAAAAGAUCACGCCUCAAUUCAUGGAGAGGGCGAACCCUACUGCCAAGGAGAAGAUUCUGCAGAAGCGAGACGAGCUGAAGCUGCAGAAGGCAUCGGUGGGUGCGUGCACACUUGCUCUGUUUGACAUUGGAGUGGAAGUUGCUGGAUGUGGAGCAAGAGUUGGCAUUGGUGACGUGCGCGAUGGGAUUUCCCUGUUUGCCUCCGCCAGCGCAAGUUUUGAGAUUUUUGGGACGGGCCGCAACUGGGUGCACAUGAUGAAGAACCUUCGCACCAAUCUCCACAAGGUGCAUGGUAUUAGCGAGAGCGUGCUGAAUGCUGCCUUGUCUGCGAUCACAACCACAGAGCAGGUUGUCGGCCCCUCGGGCAAAGAGACGGCAGAGGUGGUCAAACUCCUCAACCAGGCCCCAGAGCCCGCUGGCAUCACUACGAAAGACCUUCUCAAGGAUCAAGCCAGGGAUGAUGCCAUGAAGGUGAUGAUGAAGGCCAGCAGCGGCAUCGGCAUCAGCGCCAAGGUCUGCCCAGGCUGGAAAGAUGCGGAGGGCUUCCACAACCUAGGCGGCGGGGCCAGCCUUGACGUGGGAGUUGACUUGAGUUUCGACCUCGUGGUGGGAUGGAAGCCAGACUCUCGACCUCGAAAGGUCCGCAUCCUGGUUGGCCUGUGCAACUUCUUCUUUCAGAUCACAUUUCCCAUCCGCUGGCAGCCGCUGUUUCUCUACAGUACAUGUCUUUGUCCUGGCUCUAGCGAUGCCAUCGACCCGAUGUUGCGCCGCAACGUGGUAGCCGCUGCCUCGGCGUUUCUUUGGGGCUUCUUCGCCCCGAAGAGCGCUCGCGCAGACGUGGGUGAAGGUGACAGCCUUCCUGCUGGAGCCCGGCAGGAGGACCGCAUCCGCAAAGGCUUGGAUGCAUGGAAGAAGUUACCGGAAAAGUUGCAAACGGCCGAGGACAAAGACAAGGAGUGGGACGACACCAUCGGCUUCCUGAGGCGCAUCUACGGCCUGAACGACGACAUGAAAUACCUCACCCGAGGAUUCCGUGGAGACAAAAAGACGAACGCCGAAGCACUGAUUGAGAAGUUCCGGAAGCAAGUGAAGGCAUCGGACAAGCCGGUGAAGGCAAAGGACUUCGACAAGGUCAUGGAGUUCCACAAGGAGAUCACAGGAUACCUCGAAGAGUUUCAAACCUACCUGCUGGAUGCCACAGAGGAGCUGACCACAGAGGCAGAGGCUGAGGACAUCUCCUGA